CCCGAAGCUCACUACACCUUCACUUUCUUUCUUCUUUUGCUACAAAAAUGGCUGAAGUUCAACCACCGGUGGAGGGUCUGGUUAACGGCGGAGGUGCUGGUGGUGCUGUUGUGCCUAUGGUAAGUGUUCCGGUGGAACCUGUCGCCGGUCCGACCAAACGACAGCGGAGGCCCAGCGUCAGAUUAGGUGAGAUAGGAGAUCAACACACCUACGAUAAUCAUAGAAGAUCGAAACAACAACAACAACAAUGGAAGUACGCAUCAAAGGAAUCGAAAACUUCCAAAACCAGACAGCUUAUGAACCUAUCUGGUGGAGGCGCCAUGGAGUAUCACGAAACCCUAGAUGGAGGAGGUGAUGAUAAAGAUGGCGGAAACAAGAGUAAUCACAAUUUAGGUAAUGGUAAUAACAAUAACAAUAACAAUAAUCCAUUGGAUUGUGUCGCGAUUGGGAGUUGGAAAGUUAGGGAUUCGGCGAAAUCCAAAAGGGGGUUUUCGAUGCUGACGAAACGAGUCAGAUCGAAUUGGACUUCAAAGAUGGAUGAUGGAGAUGAGAAAUUUGAAGAUGAGGUUGAUUAUGAUGAUGAUGGAUAUCGUGAUUUCGACCGAGAAGGUUCCGCUAGUCAAUUAAAGGAACAGAGUUUGAAUCUAUCAAUGGAUUACGAAAGGGAUUUGCAUAGAUCGAGAGAUGGAACUAGGGUUAGGGUUUCCGAUGGGGUUGAAUUGGAUGGACCUUCUGAUACUGAUGCAAGGAAUUGGAACAACAAUAAUCCAGAAAGGAAUGGUGUUAGGGUUUGGUUGAAUCAAUUGGGGUUAGGGCGUUACUUCCCAAUCUUUGAAGUUCAUGAGGUUGAUGAUGAAGUUCUGCCAUUAUUGACAUUAGAGGAUCUCAAAGAUAUGGGGAUAAAUGCAGUUGGAUCCAGGCGAAAAAUGUUCUGCUCCAUUCAGAAGCUCGGUAAAGGAUUCUCAUGAUCGCCAUUAAUGAUGAUUUGAAGAAGAUAACACCAUGAAAAACAAUACAGUCAUCAAAGCUUGUGAGCUUGAAUGGUGAUGGCAUCUUGAGGUCAAUUGCAGGUUUGGACAGCGAAAUCCGAUCGAAAGACAGAAUGUCUGAAGUUGGUUUGAUUCUUUUUUUGUACUUCAACUUUCUUUAUCGUAAUAUUCAACUUCAAGAAUUGAAGUGAUGCAAGUUUAUGGUAUAUAGAUGAGGAGUUGAAAGUAGAAUUUAACUUUGGCUGAUGUUAUUUAAGCGAAAGCAAUAGUUAGGAAAGAGAAGUAUUUAAAGGAUAAAUGUUAUAUACUUCAAGUUUUCUUUCAGCCAUUGCUCAAACUUUUGUGUUCAAAUUACUCAGAAAUUGAUGGAAGAUGGUGAUUUCAAUGGGAGGUGGUAAUUUUGGAGGAAUCCAUGAUCAAAUCAGGCAAGUUUUUCUUCAAAUUAAGGUUUUGAAUCAUGACCUUUUUCUUGAAGAAAGGAAGGUAUAAGUUGGAUACU